CCAUCUCUUCAGCCCCUCUGUGGCUCUCUCUUAGGAAACCUCUAUGUGUUUUGUGGCUAAUCACAUAUAUUGUCCUACAGAAGGGACUCAGGUAGGAUGAUCCCCAUUACCUAUGAAGACUACCCUAGACUUGGCACAUAGUCACCUCUGAGUUGUCCCUGUAGCUGAAGUAGCCAUAGGGCUGCACUCGACAAGUAAAGAAGGGAAGAUGGCAGGAUCUAUGUGUAGAGCGGCAAAGUGUAGGAUCCUGUCUAGCCAUCUUUAGAAGACAACAGUGGCCGUCAUCAUGCCAGAGCCAACCACCCACGUGAUAGGGGGUUGAUUUGUGUAUACAUUUCGAACCACCGCAGUGCUGUGUGGGUGGCUUGCAAUGGCCACUUGAGAACAGCUUUUGUCCCACUCUAACUCCAGAGAGCUAUUGUUAAAUAUUCCAGCACACUACUGCUGCUGUGGGAGGAAUUUUAGUUAGAAGUCAAGCAGGAAGAAAGACAAAAGUAUUUGCUAACCAUACAGGGCCUAGAUGUGCUCAGGAACCUCAGGAUAACUCUAUUAAAAAGUGUGGUUGGCCCCUUGUUGUAUAGGAAAAGAAUCUGAGUCUCCACGAGGCUGAGCUACGCCACAGGGUCUGAAUAGGGAUCACCCAUGUUUAUUAUCCUGCCUCACAGAGGCUGGAACUCCGGGUGGGCAGAGGUUUGACUCUGAAGAGAAAGAGAAGAUGAGCAGGGGGUUGCUGGGGAGAGACAACCACUGAAUAGGACAGAGCCCAAAGCUCAGGGCAGCAGGCACAACGUGGGACAAGCAGGAAGAAGGAGGGGUCGGCAGGGUUGCUUACUAUAAGAACCUAUCAUCCUGUGCGCUGUACCCAGCCCUGUAGGCGCAGUAAGACUAAACACCAACAGGGGCACCAGACCACAGCCAGUGUUUCUCGUGGGCAGGAAAAGGUGUGGAAGCAUAACCAGUGUCAGUUGAGGCAGAGAGAGGAGUGAGGGGGAACAGCUCCAUAUCCAUCAGGGAAAGGCCCCCUUCUGUUUGCUCCUGUGUUCCUUCCUUCUUCCUGGGAGGCUUAGCAAGCAGUCCAGCCCUGGUGUGGACUAGCUGAGAGCAGAGAGCUUUCAGAUCUGAGCCUACCAGGCGUCCUGUGUCCUGUGCUGUGGGGACACAGCCUACUUCCUUUAUUGUUCAGGACUCUGCCUUGUCUCAAACUUGGGCAGUAUUUAACAAUCAUCCAACAUCUUUAACCCUAAACCCGCAAGGAAUUAUUCUGUGACUCCCAACUGAUGGGAAUGUGAAGCCCAGAGAGAAGAGAUAUCUUCAGGAUGCAGGGCUAGCUGAGAGAAAAUUCAGAUUUAGUGAGUCAGAGUACUAGCUGCUCCGCUAUAGGACCAGGGUUCAGUUCUCAGCAUCCACUCAGUGGCCGCUCAGUGUCUGUGACUCCAGUUCUAGGAGAUUAUAUACCCUAUUCUAGCCUCCAUGCCACCAGACCUGCAUGUGCUGCACAUACAUACAUGCAGGUACAACAUUUAUACCCAGAAUAAAAUAAAUAGAUCUUAAGGUUUAUUUCUCAGAAGGAAUCUUACUUGGAUACCCUGAAUCUGGACGUGCCCAGUGUGGAUGGCGUCUGGAUGGAGAGGGGCGACCCAGAGAGCAUAGAAAGGCCAGAGGAGCAGAAACACCGAUCCAUCCAUCCCUUCAUAUGAGUGUUGCAGGAGGUGAGCUGUUUGACUUCCUGGCUGAGAAGGAAUCUCUGACUGAAGAGGAGGCAACGGAAUUCCUGAAGCAGAUUCUCAGUGGCGUUUACUACCUGCACUCACUUCAGAUCGCUCACUUUGACCUGAAGCCGGAAAACAUAAUGCUUCUGGAUAGGAAUGUGCCCAAACCUCGGAUCAAGAUCAUCGACUUUGGCUUGGCCCAUAAAAUUGACUUUGGAAAUGAAUUCAAAAACAUAUUUGGGACACCAGAGUUUGUGGCUCCGGAGAUAGUCAACUAUGAGCCCCUGGGUCUUGAGGCAGAUAUGUGGAGCAUCGGGGUAAUAACCUAUAUCCUCCUAAGUGGGGCCUCCCCUUUUCUUGGAGACACCAAGCAAGAAACAUUAGCGAAUGUAUCUGCUGUCAACUACGACUUUGAGGAGGAAUUCUUCCGGAACACCAGUACCCUUGCCAAAGAUUUCAUCAGAAGACUGCUGGUCAAGGAUCCAAAGAAGAGGAUGACAAUCCAGGACAGUUUGCAGCACCCCUGGAUCAAGCCUAAAGACACCCAACAAGCACUUAGUCGAAAAGCCUCAGCAGUAAACAUGGAGAAAUUCAAGAAGUUUGCAGCUCGGAAAAAAUGGAAACAAUCUGUUCGCUUGAUAUCACUGUGCCAAAGAUUAUCCAGGUCAUUUUUGUCCAGAAGUAACAUGAGCGUCGCCAGGAGCGAUGAUACUCUGGAUGAGGAAGACUCCUUUGUGAUGAAAGCCAUCAUCCAUGCCAUCAAUGAUGACAACGUACCCGGCCUGCAGCAUCUCCUGGGCUCCUUGUCCAGCUAUGAUGUCAACCAGCCCAACAAGCAUGGGACACCUCCAUUACUGAUUGCUGCAGGCUGUGGGAACAUCCAGAUGUUACAGUUACUCAUAAAACGAGGCUCAAGGAUUGACGUCCAGGAUAAGGGAGGAUCCAAUGCCAUCUACUGGGCCUCUCGGCAUGGCCAUGUGGAUACUUUGAAAUUUCUCAAUGAGAACAAAUGCCCUUUGGAUGUUAAAGACAAGUCUGGAGAGACAGCUCUUCACGUGGCAGCCCGCUAUGGCCAUGCAGAUGUGGUUCAACUACUGUGCAGUUUUGGCUCUAAUCCUGAUUUCCAGGACAAGGAAGAGGAAACCCCCCUGCACUGUGCUGCCUGGCAUGGCUAUUACUCCGUGGCUAAAGCUCUUUGUGAAGUUGGCUGCAACGUGAAUAUCAAGAAUCGGGAGGGAGAGACCCCAUUGCUGACUGCAUCUGCCAGGGGCUAUCAUGACAUUGUGGAGUGUCUGGCUGAACAUGGAGCUGACUUGAAUGCUUCUGACAAGGAUGGACACAUCGCCCUUCAUCUUGCUGUGAGGCGUUGUCAGAUGGAGGUCAUCAAGACCCUCCUUGGCCAUGGGUGCUUUGUGGAUUUCCAGGACAGGCAUGGCAACACACCCCUGCAUGUGGCCUGCAAAGAUGGAAGCGCACCUAUCGUGGUGGCCCUCUGUGAAGCCAGCUGCAAUCUGGACAUCUCAAACAAGUAUGGUCGGACUCCUCUCCACCUUGCAGCCAACAACGGGAUCCUAGAUGUGGUCCGCUACCUCUGUUUGAUGGGCGCCAACGUGGAGGCUCUAACCUCGGAUGGAAAGACAGCCGAGGACCUCGCCAAGGCAGAACAGCACGAGCAUGUGGCAGGGCUCCUGGCAAGACUGCGGAAGGACACACACCGAGGACUCUUCAUCCAGCAACUCCGACCCACCCAGAAUCUCCAGCCCAGAAUCAAGCUCAAACUGUUUGGCCAUUCGGGAUCAGGGAAAUCCACCCUGGUGGAAUCUCUCAAGUGUGGGCUGUUAAGGAGUUUCUUCAGAAGGCGCCGGCCUAGACUGUCCUCUACCAACUCCACCCGCUUCCCACCGUCACCCCUGGCUGCUAAGCCCACAGUCUCAGUGAGCAUUAACAACCUGUACCCUGGCUGUGAGAACGUGAGCGUGAGGAGCCGCAGCAUGAUGUUCGAGCCGGGCCUCACCAAAGGGAUGCUGGAAGUGUUCGUGGCCCCGUCUCACCACCUCCACUGCUCGACUGAUGAUCAGUCCACCAAAGCCAUCGACAUCCAGAAUGCUUAUUUGAACGGAGUUGGUGAUUUCAGUGUGUGGGAGUUCUCUGGAAACCCUGUGUACUUCUGUUGCUAUGACUACUUUGCUGCCAACGACCCCACGUCCAUCCACAUCAUCGUUUUCAGUCUUGAAGAACCCUAUGAGAUCCAGCUGAACCAAGUGAUUUUCUGGCUCAGUUUCCUGAAGUCUCUGGUCCCAGUUGAAGAACCCAUAGCAUUUGGAGGCAAGCUGAAGAACCCUCUCCGAGUUGUUCUGGUGGCCACACAUGCUGACAUCAUGAACAUCCCUCGGCCUGCUGGAGGCGAGUUUGGAUAUGACAAGGAUACAUCCUUGCUGAAAGAGAUCAGAAACAGGUUCGGGAAUGACCUUCAUGUCUCAAACAAGCUGUUUGUCCUGGAUGCAGGAGCGUCUGGGUCUAAGGACAUUAAGGUUCUUCGGAAUCACCUGCAAGAAAUACGGAGCCAGAUUGUCUCGGGGUGUCCGCCCAUGACUCACCUGUGCGAGAAGAUCAUCUCCACGCUGCCCUCCUGGCGGAAGCUCAACGGGCCAAACCAGCUGAUGUCGCUGCAGCAGUUUGUGUAUGACGUGCAGGACCAACUGAACCCCCUGGCCUCUGAGGAUGACCUCAGGCACAUUGCACAACAGCUACACAGCACGGGGGAGAUCAACAUCAUGCAGAGUGAGACAGUGCAGGACGUGUUACUGCUGGAUCCUCGAUGGCUCUGCACCAACGUCCUGGGGAAGCUGCUGUCUGUGGAGACGCCCCGAGCCCUGCACCAUUACCGGGGCCGCUACACCAUGGAAGACAUCCAGCGUCUGGUCCCAGACAGUGACGUGGAGGAGCUGCUGCAGAUACUGGAUGCCAUGGACAUCUGCGCCCGAGACCUGAGUAGUGGGACUAUGGUGGAUAUCCCUGCUCUGAUCAAAACAGACAGCCUGCAGCGCUCCUGGGCAGAUGAGGAGGAUGAGGUGAUGGUGUACGGUGGGGUGCGCAUCGUCCCUGUAGAGCACCUCACCCCCUUCCCCUGUGGCAUCUUUCACAAAGUUCAGGUCAACCUGUGCCGGUGGAUCCACCAGCAAAGCGCCGAGGGUGAUGCGGACAUCCGUCUGUGGGUGAGCGGCUGCAGGAUCGCCAACCGCGGGGCUGAGUUGCUGGUGCUGCUGGUCAAUCACGGUCAGGGCAUCGAGGUACAGGUGCGUGGCCUGGAGACGGAGAAGAUUAAGUGCUGCCUGCUGCUGGACUCGGUGUGCAGCACCAUCGAGACCGUCAUGGCCACCACCUUGCCGGGGUUGUUGACGGUGAAGCACUACCUGAGCCCCCAGCAGCUAAGGGAGCACCACGAACCGGUCAUGGUCUAUCAGCCCCGGGACUUCUUCCGUGCGCAGACCCUGAAAGAGAGUUCCCUUACCAACACCAUGGGAGGGUACAAGGAGAGCUUCAGCAGCAUCACGUGCUUUGGGUGUCAUGACGUCUACUCACAGGCCAGUCUUGGUAUGGAUAUUCAUGCGUCAGACCUGAGUCUCCUGACCCGGAGGAAACUGAGUCGCCUGCUUGACCCACCUGACCCCAUGGGGAAGGACUGGUGCCUUCUGGCCAUGAACUUGGGCCUCCCAGACAUGGUGGCCAAACACAAUGUCAACAACAGGGCUUCUAGGGAUUUCCUCCCUAGCCCAGUGCAUGCCUUGCUACAGGAAUGGACCUCCUACCCUGAGAGCACGGUGGGCAUCCUUAUAUCCAAACUUCGGGAGCUGGGGCGCCGGGAUGCUGCGGACUUUUUACUGAAGGCCUCCUCUGUCUUCAAGAUCAACCUUGAUGGCAAUGGCCAGGAGGCCUAUGCCUCAAGCUGUAACAGUGGCACGUCCUACAAUUCCAUUAGCUCAGUGGUGUCCCGGAGAGACUCCCAUGCUUGGACCCCACUGUAUGAUUUAUAAACAGACAAUAUGUGAGUGCCUUUUGCAGAAGAGGGUGUGUUGAAUCAUCUGAGUCAGACCGGAGCUGCCACCAAGGAAACGCUACCUCUCUGUCCCUUGCUGUGUGCUGAUCAUCGCCAGAGGUGCUUCACUCUGACUUGUUGGUUUUGGAUUUUUUCUUUCUUUCUUUCUUUUUCUAGGGAGGGGGCUCUGUGUUUCAUUUGGCAAGGAAAGAGGAGAAAGGAGUCCUCCCCAGAGUGUUCAUGGCCAGUGUUGCUGUAAGAAGACAAUUUUGGUUGCUUUUGUCAAAAGAUCCGUGUGAACACACACAUGAGACCUACAGACGGUCACGUUCCCUCACUCCCUCCCUUCUCAGGUAGAAGGUUGACAUAGUGUAGGGUUACAGAGACCUGUGUUAAGAAUUCCGAAGACCCCCCCCCCCAAUGUGUAACCCAUGCCAGUCCGUUAUUGUUGGUGCAUAGCAGGUUGGUUCUAUGCUGAGAUCCUGGUUUGGUCACUUCCCAUACUUGAAGUCAGAGAGAAAGGAAAUAGAGGGAACGAGUCUUUCCUGGGGGUGACCGAGAUUGUGAUUGAAUUCUAAAUCAGUGUGAGGGAAAGUGUUUUAAUUCUUCUGUCCUGAGAAGCAUGUCAUGUUACCAUACCAUCUGUACAUAUAUAUAUGCACUAUGUAUAUACAUAUAUAUUGAUACUGGUAUUUUUACUUAAUCUAUAAGAUGUCGUAAAAUAAUUACGUUUGGUUUUUUUUCCUCUCUUCUUUUGUUUUAUAAAUAAAC